AUGUUGACCAGACGAUUGUUAGGAGCAAGAUGUGGAGCCUUAGGCAUGAGGUUGGGACGUUUGUACACAACACGGGUGGCAGAAGAAAAAUUCACGCCUAUUAAUUUGGAUGACAUGCCCAAGCUUCAUCCACUGCUUUUGAAAAGAGCUGAGACGUUAAAGGAAGAGUUGAGUGUAUUGGAGAAUAAAAUAGAACAAGGAUCCUUUGACCAGGAAACUAGUGUGAAGUUCUCGACGGUUCUGGGGAUUUUGGAAACUUAUGGACAAUACGAGUCGUACAAUGAAAGUCUUGAAUUAUUAGUUGAGAUGUUAAAUGAAGAACAAGACGCGGAGCUUGUACAAGAUGCAGUGGGAGAACUCAAGGAGAUCAUUCCUAAGUUGAUACAAUGUACGCAGAAGUUGCAGGCUAAACUUAUUCCUGCGGUGUUACAUGCUGAUAAGCCAACGAUUAUGGAGUUGAGACCUGGGGUCGGAGGUUCUGAAGCACAACUUUUCACCGGAGAUUUGCUCAAUAUGUAUAUAAAUUUUGCUAACCAUAAGAGAUGGAAAUGGAAACUUGUUCUGAAGAAUGAGGUUGGGGGUGUUGGUGGUGGGAGUGGAUUAUCUGAAGCAGUACUUAGUAUUGAUGAGCCAAGUUCAUAUAACAUUUUAAGACAUGAAAGUGGGGUACAUCGGGUUCAAAGAGUUCCAGCAACAGAAACAAAGGGUAGAACACAUACUUCCACAGCAGCAGUCGUUGUGUUACCAAAAAUGUCUGACGGAACAGAUGCUUCGUUGGCUGAAGAUGAACGCCAAUUUCAGCCUGGAGAAGUCAGAAUUGAUACCAUGAGAGCAGGUGGGAAAGGUGGACAACAUGUGAAUACCACAGAUUCUGCCGUUAGACUUACGCAUAUCCCCACUGGUAUUCAAGUGCAACAACAAGAUGAACGGUCGCAACCACUUAACAAGGCCAAAGCAUUCUCCAUCUUGCGUAGUAGAUUGGCAGCACUUGAUCGAGAAAAGGAAAUUGCCGAACAGAAGAGUUUAAGAACAACUCAGGUGUCGACGACAGAUCGUUCAGAUAAGAUUAGAACAUAUAAUUAUUCUCAGAAUAGAGUAACAGAUCAUAGAUGUGGAUACUCUAUCCAUGACAUUGCAGGAUGUUUAUCAGGAGAACGAUUAGAAGAGAUUAUUGAAGCGGUGGAACAAGAGGAAGUUAAAGAAAAAUUAGAGGCAUUAUAG